AUGAUCAACCUCGGUCUUAAACGGAUCACCCAGUUGCUCAACCCGCUUUUCAGCGCGUAUCCUACCCUACCCUGGAAAGCGGUCCACAUCGCUGGGACGAAUGGCAAAGGCAGCGUCGCCGCCCUGGUCACCACGUUCCUUGGUCACUUGGGGUACCGAGUUGGGCGAUUUACCUCUCCUCACCUCAUCGACCGAUGGGACUGCAUCACCCUCAAUAAGAGGGUUGUCGAACGAGAUCUAUACCUCCAGGUCGAGCAACACUUCCGCGACCGGAGCGCCAGGGAAAACAUCGAUGCAUCCGAGUUUGAGAUCCUCACGGCCACGGCUUUCCAGAUAUUCACGGAUGCCAAGGUAGAUGUUGCCGUCAUCGAAUGUGGGCUCGGCGGUCGGCUUGAUGCAACCAAUGUCCUGAGACCUGAGGAUGUGGUGGCCAGUGUCUUGACCAAGGUUGGGCUGGAUCAUACCGACUUCUUGGGCGACUCGCUCGAAGCUGUUACAAGGGAAAAGGUCGGAAUCUUCAAGCCAGGAGUGCCUGUCGUCCUUGACCAGAGCAAUCUCAGAAACGUCCUCGACGUGGCUGAAAGCAGAUUGAAAGAUCUGGGGUGGGGAGAAAACGGAACAGAAGGUGUCUAUAUUUCUGUCGAGGAAAGAAGACGCGAGUUUGGAGAGGUCAUUUUCCGUUUGGGCCUGGCGCAGCAUCAGGGCCAGAACCUAUACGUCGCUUUCUCCUGCCUUCGAUUAGCGGACGCACGUCUCAGUGAGUUGUACGCAGGUAGACAGGACCUCCCCACGGAACAGACACCAGCACCGUUGAUUUUUCCCAGGGAUUACCUUGUCUCUACAGAUCGAAGGCGCUCUGAAGCAGUGAAGCAAUCUCUCGAAAUACUCGUCCCCCAGGCACAAUCGUCUCUUCCUGGACGACUGCAAUGGCUCGUUCUUCCGCCUGAACUGGUGCCACAGAAUCUAGACCAAAUGACAGGACAUUUACAAGGCGACACUUAUAAAGACGAUAUCGUCUUCGCCCAAGUCCUUGUCGACGGGGCCCACAAUCCACAAUCUGCUGCAGCUCUGGCUGCAUACGUGAGGCUGCAAUGGCGGCGGAUCAAUCCCCCGCCUCAUCUCCCUGUGACAUGGCUCUUGUCCGUCAAGAACGACAAGAAAGCCGACGACAUACUCAUGCAGCUCCUCAGACCCAACGAUAAUGUCGUGACGUGUUCCUUUGGCCCUGUUGAUGGAAUGCCAUGGGUGAAGAGCAUGGGAGCCAUUGAUUUGGCGAAACUUGCCAUGAAAUACACGAAUGGGAUUGUUGAGGCCCUCACUGAUGAGUGCAUUGAAGGUAUCCUUGGCCAUGAUAAAGUUACGCCUUACGAGAAGAUGAUGAUCACAAUCAGACAAGCGGUCAGCAUCGCCUCGAGAGAGUCGGGGGGUAGCAAUUUGGACUUGAAGCUCUGUAUCACCGGAAGCUUGUACUUGGUGGGAGAUGUUUUGAGGUGCGUCCGGGAUACAUGCGGGUCAGAACAUGGGCUCUUCCGCCCAAAACCAUGA